AUGGAGGACAACCUAGACAUACCGGAGGAGUCUAUGCGACACAUUGAGGCCCUGCUGGCGAGGCAUCCUCCACAUUUGAUCCAGAGAAUGCCGCAACUCUACAGCCUCGUCAUUCAUGUCUACCAGCACCGCGAGUUCAUCUACAACAUCCUCGUCGGGGUCAUCAUGGCGGUCUCGGCUUUCUAUGGCAUCGACAUUCUCUUCAUCUACAGGGAGCAGCGAUACGCGAAGUUCCAUUGCUUCCUCUUCGUCAUCGCGCUCCAGGAUGAGAAGGGCGGAGCCGCGUUCCUACCCAGCUGGUCUUGA